CCAGUCAACUUGUAAACCUGAUAAAUCUGUGGCCAAUCCCUCAUCAACUGUUGAGGUAUGCCACAGCACAAAACCGACUCCUUGCAGUCAAAAUACAAAGGAUUGUUAUAACAGAUGUAAAUCUACAGACAGAGGUAGAGGAGAAAAUUGCACAACAUCAGAUGCUACAAAACAUUUUGUUGGCAAUGAUGAUAGACGGAAAGGAAAACAAAAGCGAAGCAGAAGGGCCCACUUUAUGGCACCUCCAAGUUCAUCCACUGAUUCUACACCUGAUUUAUCCUCAGAUGAGAGUACCAGAUCUAAAAGUCAUGUUUCUCAUACCAAACCUUCUUCACAGGCAAACCUGCUUGCUAGCAGACAAAAUGUCCUUGGCAAACACGAAAAGCCUCCACAUAACGAAAGCAUUCCUUUAGCUUCAAGAAUUAGUCCAAGAUCAUUAGAAGCACAACCAAAAAAGAGAUAUACCCAGCAGCCUAACACAGGAAUUACACCCUCUGUGUUUGGAGUUUCCUUACGUGGGGAAGCAGAGAUUGAGACAAUUGCAUGUCAACAAGAGCUUGGUUCCACUGAAGAAAUGCAAAAGACAGAGAUGAAUAAUUCAAAGGGCGAUGAAGACAUUACUUUCAGGAUGAAUGCUUUUGAGAAGACACAAACACAGACAAGGGAUUCUGCAAUGCAUUUUGCUUCAAGUGAUAUUAACCCAUUUAUUCAUACAAGAACUACUAUAGGGGUGAAAACAGCAGUCCCCAAAAAGCAGGUCUUUGGAAGUGCUGCUAGUAUAUCCUGCCAACACUCUCCACUUAAUAGUUCCAACAAGAAUAUGACCAGGUGCUGUAGUGUAGACAAUGGUCUAAAUAUUCAGGACCCACCUUUCAGUUCCCAUUUGAGCACUUAUGUAAAUCAUAAAGGGCUCUCUAGCACAAUGAGUGGUAAUGGAUAUUCUAGAGAUCAAAUUUCUUCUGAGCCUCUGCUGAAAGAUGCUACUUAUUCCUCUUGUUGUUCAAAUAAGCAGACCCUAACUGCAUUGAAAUGUGACUCUUACAGUGGUGCCUCAGAGGAGUUACGCCACAGUUCAGGUCAAGUUGACGAAAUAGUCCUGGUCUACUCCUCUGAGUAUGAAUCUCGGGAACAUCCGAGUCCAAGCAGGUGUGAUCAUGGCACACAGACCAUUGAGGUUAAUAAGGACCUUAAAAGAAAGAGCCGUCACAGAAGAAGCAGCACCCAGACACCAGUGUCCAAACCGGGGAAUAGUGCCCCAACCACAUGGGCAAGUCUACAGAACAUGUCUGAACAUCUCUCUGACCUGAUACACAACACCUCUGAUCUUCUGGGGAACAUACAGUGUAUGCGAACAGGAGAAAGGCCACCAAAAUAUGACUGUCCUAAACACUGUUUCCAUGUUUCUACUGUGCAUUCUGGCAACAACCACAAGAUGGACAGUUGUACACAAACUUCAUUGGAUAUUGGGGUCCAGACAGAGAAUGCUUCAGUGUCAAAGAAUGCUACGUCCCAUGAAGUAAAUGUUAUUGUCAAAGUGAUUGGCUCAGAUAUUUGCAAUGUGUCCCAGCUAGAUGGUGAUGCAGAAAAUGAACAAGCCUUUGAAAGAAUUAAAAGCCUGCCCGAUUUACAUCCCAAAGGCUCAAAGGGAAAUGACAGUCAAAAUUUUCAGAUUCCUCCCCAAAAGGUUCUUUCAUUAGAGACUAUUGUGCCGAAUCUGGAUUCCUCCACUUUGGAAGCUUUUGAAGGUGACACUGUAGAUCAUUCUUAUAAGAAACACUCACAUAUAAAGCAAAAGGAUAAUCAGACUUAUCACAGAAAUGUAGACCAGAGGACAUGCUUUAAUAAACACAUUAUGCUCAUGGAUCGUGCAUGCUCCCCUAUCCUUACAGUGAAGGCUGCAAGAAACACCCAGCAAAGACAAAUAAAAACAACCCAUGGUUUAAUAAACUAUAAGACAACUGAGGGACAACAUAUCGCAGAGAAACAAUGUUCAAAAGUAUACAACAUGCAAUUAAAAGGUCAUAAAAUGUCUAAACAUGAAAAUAUAGUACUAGCUCAGGAGAACCUUCACAGUAAAAAUGCAAAAACAAUGUCUACAUCAGUAUCAUCUGUGACCUUUGAAAACCAGAGUGACCUUAGUUGUCCAAAUCUAAAUGGAUCUGACUACUCAAAUAACGUCUUUCCCCGAAGCAAAUGUAUGCAAAAUGAGAGAAAUGAAUACUCUCGUGAAGUUGAGGACAGAGUAAUAAGUCAACCCACUAUUAACUGUUCUCCAUCUCACCUACAAAGAAUCUCCCUCUCUCCUUCAAGCAGUACCAUUGGUGUCCAACUUGCAUCAUCCUCAGUUCAAGUUAGACCAUCUAAAUUGGAAACUUCAGAAAGGCCUCAUUUCUCAGCUGUGAAAAGCCAGUUGAGUCACAGAUCAUCUGAGUAUAUAAUAAAGUGUUGGGAUCAUUCGAAUCAAAGUACAAUGCAACCGCAGGAAGAUGAUGUGAUGUCUCUGGUGCCAAGCGAUUGCAACACAGAUGUUCUGGUCAGCAUCAAUCCUCUGGCAGAGACCAGCAUGCUCAGAGAAUAUCAGUGGAUCCCUGAUGAUCUGCCCAUGCACAAUAAAUUUACUAACUGGUCUGGCAUCAGUCAGCAGGCACCAUCAACGCUUAGUAAAAUAAACAGACCAACUGGACAUCACUACACAAGGCUCAGUCCCAGUUACCGCCAGCCAAUGGAGUCACAAAGCCCUAGUGCUGUCUAUAGACAAGAGCCAUCCGAGAAAGCGGAUAGGAGAACACAAGAAAUUGAGAAGCUGAGGAAAGAACGUGAACAGGUUUUAGCAUCUGUACAUCUGGAUCUGAGCCCUCAUCAGCUGACUGUUGAACUCACAGAGGCCAGGCUGCACUAUGGCCAAGGGGAAACAGACACUCUGCUUAAAAUGCUCAAGUCUGGUUCUAAAGAAGUAUCUUCAGCCUGUAACAAACAGGAGCUCCUUAACAGGCAUAGGAAGAGCAUUGACAGUUUGAGAAAAGAGAGAGAAGCCCGUCUCCAGAUGUGUCGUCGUGCUCGGAGUCUCAGUCCCAGUAAGCAUCGGAUCCCUAUAAAUAAUGAGAAGGAGCAAUCUCGAAGAAUUUCAGACCUGCCUAGCAGACGUCAGGAAUAUCUGCAGCAGCUCAGACAAGAGAUUGUCGAAACCAGCAGAGUUCCUGAUCCACCAAGGCGGGAGGGUCAGUGUCCAUCUGAUAUUGAGCUUCUAUUGCGUGACUACAGCCGAGCCCGCGAGGAGGCAAGAGUAGAGAUUGCCCGUGCACGAGAUCGACUCCGUGAGAGGGCCGAACAGGAGAAGAGACGAAUACAGCAGCAAGCUCUCUCGCAGGCAGUCAAGGAUGACCUGCUGUUUCGCACACGCAUUAGUAACAGUACUUUAUGUAGUGGUUCAAACCUGAGUCUUUCCUCAGGGCCCACUUCAGGGUAUAACAGCAGCAAUGCUGCCAUACUGAAAGACAUUACCUCACCAUUAAUACAGAUAAAUGGAGCCUCAGAAUUCAAAGCAAGGACUCGACCUCCUAUGAUCCCGUUGCAGACUUCAAAAGCUCAGCGUAGAUGGCUGUCAGUCCAGGAUGUCAGCCUGGAGACAUCGGUCACUGGAUAUGAGCCUGAGUCUUCCUCUACUCCAUCACCUCCUCCCUGUGCUCGACAACGCACUCUAUCCUUUGGCUCUCCCUCGUCUAUAUCAACUUCAUAUCAGGAUAUCGCAGACUGCACUCUUGCCAGUGCUCUCUCCGAAGUAUAUUUGGCCUCUGGAGGUAAUGCGAGGAAUUUGCUGGCUGGGAAAGCAGCUUCUGGCUGGAGGCAUCAAGGCGUGGAGAGAGGUGUUCAAGUCUUUCACAAGGCUACUUCCAGACCCUCAGCUCACGGGUUUCUUGGAGCAGUAGAGCUGGAGAGACCUUUGGCCAGUCUGUGGUGUAUAGUUCGAGAUCAUUCAAAGACUCACCUCUACCACGAGUCUAUUAAAUCUGCCUGGACACGACCACUGGACGAAUGCACACAACUAGUCUAUUUGUUGAUGGACAUAUCCAACUGCCAGCUUAAACAGCCGCGGGACUUCUGCUGCCUCAGUACAGAAUCUAAACAGGAUGAUAUGUGGGUGCUGGCCAUGCAGUCUGUAUUUGAGGAGUCACUGCCACGUCCCAGUGUGGAUACUAUCCGUGGUGAGAUGCUACCCAGCGCGUGGAUCCUUCAACCCAGCCAGCGUAAUGGUCGAGAGGUUGUCACAGUCAUCUACUUGUUACAAGUGGAUUUGGGAAGCCCGUCCUUGGCUGCUAGACUGCUGAAUACAGUAUCUAGGAAGCAAGCAGCUGUCAUAGCAGACCUUGAUUCUUUCUUUUCUUUGUGACAAAUCAGGUUACACAUGUAGCAACAAGCACUUACACUAAAAGCCUGAAGGUUUUUGCAAAGAUUUGCACCUCAUGUUCUUGCUCUAUACUUGAUUCUUUUUCCACAUAGCACUGAUGGUAUGAAUAUUUUGUGUAACAAAUUUAUU